UCAGAACCAAAUGAAGAUUUAAAUAGCAUUAAUGAAAAAACAAUGAUACAUACCAUAUUUGCAAUUGUUUCCGGUUCUUGUAUAGCAGUAAUGUUAUUACUUACUUUAGUUUGGUUAAAGAAAAGAAGAGGACAAAACUUAUCUAAUAAUAAUAGCGAACACAUUGAACAGCACAAGUAUGUAAUUAUAUCAAACACCAAUUAUGCUGACGAAGUGUUAUCGAUACAGCUGGAAAAAACCAUUGCAAAAUUUGGGAUUGAAAAUGACUGCAUUUUUCGCCGCAACAAUUUAAAAUGUGGUGAUGACAAUUCAACUGUUCUGAUAUUACUCCCUGUUGAACACGACUCGUUCAAAAUGAGAACUUCAGGGGACAUCAAAUAUAAAGAAAUUAUAGAAUCGAUUUCAAAAAGAAAUAUGAAAAAUAUCUUACUAGUUUAUUUUCCUUACAUUAAAGGUGCAAAGCGUGUUAGAUGGUCAUUUUUGCAAAAGUUCAAAACAAUCCGUCUUUCACAAGAUUUCAAAAAAAUGAUUAAAUUUUUGAAUAUAAACUAUAAAAACUUUAAUCAAAAUGUAUUGUUUGGAAUAAGAUCUGAAUUAGAUGAAGAAGUAAAACGAAUUCAACAAAUGUUUCAAACACAAGUUUCAACUUCAGCUGGUACCCAUGGUAUUCAUAUUCGGAAUUCUCCAGAUCAUUUUGAUCAUAUAGAAUCUUUCACUUCUCCAAAAUCAUUCGAUCGUAUAUCGGAAAGUUAUGAACAAGACUCAUGCGAAAUACAUAAACCUAUUACACAAAGGUGUCCGGUUCAUAAUCCGCGUUUUCAUCAUCAACCUUUUCCUGAUAACACGAUGUAUACAACUAAUUUAACAAAUAUUCAUCAACAUGAAAAUAUUCCGCUUUUAGAACACGUGAUUCCUCCAUCACCAGAGUCAUCUGAGAGAAAUCCAAAAUAUCAUGAACCAUUAAGAACUAAUUCAGGAGAUACUGGCUAUGGACCAUCUCGUAUGAACUCAUCUUCGGAUGAUGAUUUGCGCAAAGAAGACGCCUUGGCCGAUGAUGAUAGUUUAAUUGACCAAAUAAUGUUGGUAAAUAAAGAUCACUUUCCAUCCACACCUUCCGAGAUUGAUCCAAUGUUAGCAAUAAACUUCCAAAUGUGAAAAUAUCAAUUUAACAUUUUUGCAUUAUAUAAGCUUUAAC